AUGGUGCAUUUAAUAAAUAAAUCGGUGAAGAAUGAAUUUAAAUAUAUGACGCUGAUAGCGAAAAUUUGCUUUUCGGUUGUGACGGAAGUGGUGGGGCGGGCAGACGGGGGUGAGUGGAGUGCAGUUGCGUGCUGGGCGGAAGUGACGUCAGCCGGGGAGCCGCAGCGGGCCCGGCCCGCAGCGGGCCCGGCCCGCAGCGGCCCAGUCCUGGGGGCUCCAGCGGCGGACUGCGACCGAGGAGUGGCAGGCAGCCUCCGAGCGGCGCGCUCUCACAGCCCGCGGCCAGGCAGCGACGCCUGCGGCGCCUCCGACGCCACUCCGAUGCGGCGCUUCACUCGCGGUCUCCAGGCAGUCGGCAGCUCGAGAGAGGGGCGGCGGGCGGCGGAAAGAGAGAGGGGCGGCGGGCGGCGGAAAGAGAGAGGGGCGGCGGGCGGCGGAAAGAGAGAGGGGCGGCGGGCGGCGGAAAGAGAGAGGGGCGGCGGGCGGCGGAAAGAGAGAGGGGCGGCGGGCGGCGGAAAGAGAGAGGGGCGGCGGGCGGCGGAAAGAGAGAGGGGCGGCGGGCGGCGGAAAGAGAGAGGGGCGGCGGGCGGCGGAAAGAGAGAGGGGCGGCGGGCGGCGGAAAGAGAGAGGGGCGGCGGGCGGCGGAAAGAGAGAGGGGCGGCGGGCGGCGGAAAGAGAGAGGGGCGGCGGGCGGCGGAAAGAGAGAGGGGCGGCGGGCGGCGGAAAGAGAGAGGGGCGGCGGGCGGCGGAAAGAGAGAGGGGCGGCGGGCGGCGGAAAGAGAGAGGGGCGGCGGGCGGCGGAAAGAGAGAGGGGCGGCGGGCGGCGGAAAGAGAGAGGGGCGGCGGGCGGCGGAAAGAGAGAGGGGCGGCGGGCGGCGGAAAGAGAGAGGGGCGGCGGGCGGCGGAAAGAGAGAGGGGCGGCGGGCGGCGGAAAGAGAGAGGGGCGGCGGGCGGCGGAAAGAGAGAGGGGCGGCGGGCGGCGGAAAGAGAGAGGGGCGGCGGGCGGCGGAAAGAGAGAGGGGCGGCGGGCGGCGGAAAGAGAGAGGGGCGGCGGGCGGCGGAAAGAGAGAGGGGCGGCGGGCGGCGGAAAGAGAGAGGGGCGGCGGGCGGCGGAAAGAGAGAGGGGCGGCGGGCGGCGGAAAGAGAGAGGGGCGGCGGGCGGCGGAAAGAGAGAGGGGCGGCGGGCGGCGGAAAGAGAGAGGGGCGGCGGGCGGCGGAAAGAGAGAGGGGCGGCGGGCGGCGGAAAGAGAGAGGGGCGGCGGGCGGCGGAAAGAGAGAGGGGCGGCGGGCGGCGGAAAGAGAGAGGGGCGGCGGGCGGCGGAAAGAGAGAGGGGCGGCGGGCGGCGGAAAGAGAGAGGGGCGGCGGGCGGCGGAAAGAGAGAGGGGCGGCGGGCGGCGGAAAGAGAGAGGGGCGGCGGGCGGCGGAAAGAGAGAGGGGCGGCGGGCGGCGGAAAGAGAGAGGGGCGGCGGGCGGCGGAAAGAGAGAGGGGCGGCGGGCGGCGGAAAGAGAGAGGGGCGGCGGGCGGCGGAAAGAGAGAGGGGCGGCGGGCGGCGGAAAGAGAGAGGGGCGGCGGGCGGCGGAAAGAGAGAGGGGCGGCGGGCGGCGGAAAGAGAGAGGGGCGGCGGGCGGCGGAAAGAGAGAGGGGCGGCGGGCGGCGGAAAGAGAGAGGGGCGGCGGGCGGCGGAAAGAGAGAGGGGCGGCGGGCGGCGGAAAGAGAGAGGGGCGGCGGGCGGCGGAAAGAGAGAGGGGCGGCGGGCGGCGGAAAGAGAGAGGGGCGGCGGGCGGCGGAAAGAGAGAGGGGCGGCGGGCGGCGGAAAGAGAGAGGGGCGGCGGGCGGCGGAAAGAGAGAGGGGCGGCGGGCGGCGGAAAGAGAGAGGGCCGGGCGGCGGAAAGAGAGAGGGCCGGGCGGCGGAAAGAGAGAGGGCCGGGCGGCGGAAAGAGAGGGCCGGGCGGCGGAAAGAGAGGGCAAGGGGAAAGAGAGGGCAAGGGGAAAGAGAGGGCAAGGGGAAAGAGAGGGCAAGGGGAAAGAGAGGGCAAGGGGAAAGAGAGGGCAAGGGGAAAGAGAGGGCAAGGGGAAAGAAGGCAAGGGAAUGAAGGCAAGGGAAUGA